AUGACGUUUAUAAGGCCUUGUUUACUUUUAAAGAGGUACUUUGGUUCGAAGCCGAAUAAUCCAAAAAUUUGUAUUGUGGGAGCAGGACCGGCAGGAUUUUACGCCGCUCAGCAUCUGAUUAAGAAACUCAAAUCAUGCGAGGUGGACAUAAUCGAAAAAUUGCCCGUUCCCUUUGGCCUGGUAAGAUUUGGCGUGGCCCCCGAUCAUCCAGAGGUCAAGAAUGUCAUUAACACUUUUAAUAAAGUGGGAGAAAAUCCUUUCGUUAGAUUCUUAGGAAAUGUUACACUCGGUAGAGAUGUUUCUUUGAGAGAUCUUCAGAACGCUUAUCAUGUUGUCUUACUUACGUACGGAGCGGAAAAAAGUAAAACACUGGGGAUUCCCGGAGAACAUUUAGCCAAUUGCGUCGAAGCCAGGAGGAUUGUAGGAUGGUACAAUGGAUUACCAUGGGACAAAAACUUGAAAAUAGACCUUUCGAAAGAAGUAGUGGCUAUUUUUGGCCAAGGAAACGUUGCUAUAGAUGUAGCUCGAAUACUGUUGUCCCCUGUAGAUGAAUUAAAAAAAACUGAUAUUACACAGUACGCCUUGGAAGCCCUUUCAAUGUCCAAAGUAAAGAGAGUAUUCCUCGUGGGUCGCAGAGGACCUUUGCAAGCUGCUUAUACAAUCAAAGAACUAAGGGAAAUGUUAAAAUUGAAAACCUGCUCUACAAUAUGGAGGGCGGAAGAUUUUAAAGGAGUCGCUGACCACAUCCCGCAUCUUGCAAGACCGAAGAAGCGCAUAACAGAACUUAUGCUAAAAUCAUUAAACGAGCCACAAACUCCCAAAGAUAAAGAAUUUCGACCGAUUUUCUUCAGAUCUCCAUUGAGUAUCUCGGGUAGCGAGUCCGUUGAAAAGGUGGUUAUGGGAAUUAACAAACUAGAAGGGGAUAAUAUUUUGGAGCAAAAAGCUGUAUUGACGGACGGAAUGGAAGAAUUAAAUGCAGGCCUAAUCGUACCCAGUAUAGGCUAUAAAUCGAUACAGGUGGACGAGAAUAUACCUUUCGAUGGUGCUCGAGGGCUGGUGAAAAAUAACAAUUUUCGUGUCAAUACAGGACUGUACGUGUCUGGCUGGUUAGGCACCGGACCGACCGGUGUAAUACUCACAACAAUGAGUAACGCAUUCGAAGUAGCUGAAAAUAUAAUCGAAGAUAUUCAAUCUGAGCAUUUAGCUGAAGAUGCGAAAGGCGGCAUCGAAGAUAUUACUCCGAUUUUAGCAUUAAAAAAUGUACAAACUGUUAAUUGGAUGGGUUGGGAGAAGAUCAAUCGACACGAACAAUUCGAAGGGAACAAAUUAGGUAAACCAAGGGAAAAAGUAGUGGAUAUAGAAAAAAUGUUGGCUAUCGCUUCAUCAUAA